AUGGCGCAAUUAGUUGAUAGAGUUCGCCAGAUCGAGCGAUUGAAAGUUGAAAUAGCCAGAACUAAUAAAUAUCAUAAGAAAGAAAAAGUUGCUUACAUAGCAGCUGAUGAAUAUUAUUCAGAUUACGAGGUUUUAAUCGGAAAAAAUGAUGUUAAUGUGGGUGAACUUAAGCCAGGACCUCCUUACUCUUGUAAAUUAUUAAAACCAUCAAAUGGGAAGAAUCUCGUCGAAACUGAGAAAAGUGACAAAUUCGCCACAAAAACAUAUACUUUCUAUAUAACAAAUUUCAACAUUGAAUGCAAUGGACUUGUUGGAUAUGGCCUUCAUAAGGAAGGGUUUGGCUAUUGUUGGUCUGGUGCUAAAGCUAGUGUUGGAAUAACAAAGGGUAGAUAUUGUUAUGGUUGUGUUAUUCUUUCUGCUCAACCUGUUGAUACAGAUGACACUCCUCCUGACCAGCGGCACCUUUGUCGUCUUGGUGUUUCUAGAGGGGAUGAUGCUGUUGGAACUCUAGGUGAGACCAAACACAGCUAUGGUUAUGGAGGCACCGGCAAGUUUUCUAAUGCCGGCAAGUUUUUGAAUUUUGGUGAUAGGUUUGGUGUUGGUGAUACAAUUGUUUGUUGCGUUGACCUUGAGAGUAAACCAAUGGCUUCUAUUGGUUUCUCUAAGAACGGUAAAUGGUUGGGUACUGCAAUACAAUUUGAUGUCAGUUCUCUUGGUCUUGGAGCGGAUUCUUCUCUUUCAAAGGUUUCGCCUUGGGAAUGGGCAUUUUUUCCGCACGCUUUGUUGAAAAAUGUUGUGGUUCGGAUGCAAUUCAAUGUUGAACAAGGUCUUGUUCCUCAAGAAGGGUUCAGACCUUGGGCCUUGGCCGUUGCAGAUGGAAAUGCGGUUAUGGGACCUUCCUUUUCUGAUCCAAAGGAUUGUGAAUUGAUGAUGAUGGUGGGGUUACCAGCUUCAGGAAAGACUACAUGGGCUGAGAAAUGGGUGAAAGAUCACCCGGAGAAGCGUUAUGUUUUGCUUGGCACAAACUUAAUUCUUGAACAAAUGAAGGUUCCUGGGCUGUUGCGGAAAAACAACUAUGGUGAAAGGUUUGAUCGUUUGAUGGACAAGGCAAGUUCAAUGUUCAAUGUAAUUCUGUCCAGGGCAGCUAACAUACCUCGCAAUUAUAUAAUCGAUCAGACAAAUGUGUAUAAAAAUGCACGCAAGCGUAAGCUUAUGCCUUUUGUUGACUAUCAAAAGGUAGCUAUUUAUCUAUUUGUUUGCUGGAGUUGGAAAAAUAAGUUUACUAUAGAUUUGAUAAUAUAAUAUUUUUUCCGUUCCAGAUUG